AUGCGAGAUACACCCUGUGCAGAGGAAAAAAAAAUACUGGCCUCGGAGAAGUUUAUUUUUCAACAGUCGCAAACAGAAUGUUAUUGAACUAAAUGAUUAUACUGUUGGAAUGAACCUUUUUGAUUUUGAAUUGACUGACAUCGAUACUUUGUACGAAAAUGUGAUUUGUUAUCUAUUCCCAGAAGUGUAUAUAAUUUUUUAGCGGUCUCAUGACUCAUACCACGAAAAAUCACCUGAAGUCUUACGAACCUGACGAUUGUGUUGAUUUUUUCAGACGUGAAGGUAUUAAUCACAAAUUAUUGAAAAAUUUAAGUUCAGAGGAAUUAAAAGAAAUUAAUGCACAUAAUAUGGCCAAUACAUCUGAAUCAUCUGAAAUCUCAACAGGUGCUGCGAAGCCCGAGGCAUCAGCACAAAAUUCUUCAGAUAAGGAGAAUACUUCUAGAAAUAUCGCAGCGGUCAAGGAAAAUGGACACCAGUAUCGGUUGACGAAACAAAAGGGAUUCGUAGGGAAGGCUUUAUUUUUUGAAUUUUUUUCUGUGGAGAGGGUUUUGAAAGCUGAUGUUCACGGAGAAAGGAUACUCUCUCGAUACAAAACUACAAAAGAGUUCUCUCAUGCUGAGACUGCACGCAACAAGAUUGCUGAAAUCGUAGUUAAAGCUAGUGUAAAGGAGUUACUAAAGUUAGACAAAGAAUGCUUGGAACUUUUAGCACGAAAGGUCAUCGAGAUAUUUACUACUGAGGUUCUGGAGAUUUAUUACAUUCCUCCAGUUUCUGGGAACAGCAAGCUGGGAAUAAAAUCUAAAGGGCCCAUGGGAAAAAUCCCCAAUGCAUAUCGCAAUUUGCAAGCAAAAUUGACGAAGCUAGAAAAGGGCCACACAGGCCGAAAACCGGAAGCAUCUGCAGUUAGUACCCAUGAGGUCUCAGAACAGAAACAGUGGAUGCAGGAAAAUUCUGAACCCUGGGAUUCAGUUGUCACAAUUUGGGAUGCACUGUAUGAAGAACGCGCAGCAGAUGCACUGAACGCAAAGAAUGACAUUAAUAAUUUCAUCAACGAAUGGCCGAUUCUGAAGCUUAACAGAGGACACGAACUAAUCCUGAGAGAUUUUCCUGCUCCAGAGCUUCAGUUGACUCGUGAGAAAUGGGAAUUAUUGAUCAGUGGAAUCCAGGCAGUUCGUCCCAUUAAAACUCGUGACCAGAUCGUAAAAAAUUGGAUCGAGCUAUUGGAUCACCCUAACACCAAUGAGAACAGUCGAACAGCACUCCAAAUUCAUCUACUUGCUCACAACGUUCCUCCAAAAAAGAAAAUUAAUAAAAAUUGGAAGCCUUCAAUCCCCGAUUGCCAGGACAGCAUUUUAGUUUCAACGCAGAGCGUACAGACUAUUGAUGAGGCAGUUGAAGCCAGAGGCAUCAUUGCAAAAACUCGCAGAACGCUUGUUAAGCCGUUCAUUCUCGUGAUUGGUAGUACCAUCGCAUCUGUAACUCAUGUCUAUGCCUGUCUUGGAGGAGUAAAAUACCAAGUGCCAACUGUGCUGCAAGCUCUAGAUAUUGUCUUCAAAGCUUUCACCCUCUCCAAGAUAGACUUCCCUGCAGAAAGCCAGACUAUUUGGAGCUUAAUCAAGAAAGCCGUUUAUGACAUCUCAAUUGAACCAGAUUCAAUUGUGGCUGAGAUUUGCACGGAUCUGGAUAUACAUCACGCUGCAAGUGUUGUAGCAGAAAGGUCACCGGAUGCUGAUGCAUAG